UGUGUUUAUCAAUUCCUGCCAUCCGAUACCGAGAACCCGAGUUUGAGCCCGGGCCUGCCAAGGUUACACACAGGAGAGGGGAGAAAGCCAGGCUGUACUGCUCGGUGAAACACCUCGGAGAAAGAACUGUUGUCUGGCGGAAAGUUCCCAACACCAACCCGCUGACUAUAGGAGCCACUACCUGGAUAGAUGAUGCUCGGAUCUAUGUAGAUCACAAAAACAGACAGUGGGAUCUGGUUAUAGAGGGCGUGACGUCAUACGACUCUGGGGAGUACGAGUGCCAGAUCAGCAUCAGCAAGAAGCUGCUGCGUCACGUGGUUGAGCUCUACGUCACAGAAACGGCCAGUGGACAAGUCAAGAGAAAUCCAGAGAUCGUCAUCACCGGGACACAGUUUGCU